AUGAUUAGUGGUGACAACCUUAAGGAUUUAUCGGUCAAUAACAAAAACAUCAUACAUAUGUCAAGAGAUUUGAAUCAACUUUCCAGUACUUCCAGCAGAACUACGGGUUCAGCGGCUCGCUCUAAAUUACCUAACCAAACAUUACCGCUACCAGAGUCUUCAUUACAUUCGCUAUCGAAAAUUAAUAUGAAUGAAUUAGAUAGAUCCAGAGGACUUUCCAGUACAUUGGCACAUGGAAACAAGUAUAAGAAUGGGAGUGCAUCAGACGCUACUACAGAUAGUAAUGAAAACUCGGAUAGUAACAGCCCCACCCACUCUAUACCUUUAAAUAAUGGGUCUAAGAAGGUUGAUUCCACUGCUAGAAGGAGGAAACAAAACAGAGAAGCUCAACGGGCUUAUAGAGAACGUAAGGCUAAUAGAAUUCAAUCAUUAGAGAAUACUGUUAAUAUGCUACGGGAAAGCGUCGACUCUUGGCAACUCAAGUACAAUCUUUUGGAAAGGGAUUACAAUGAAACCAAAAUAUUAUUAGAUCAUUCCUUAAGGACAAUAAGUACAUUGAAAGCUGAAAAGCAAGCUAGAAUCGGAAGCCCCAUAACAAACGGAACACCUGUCCCAUAUAGGGAUGGGCCUUUCACUGACUUAACUAAUGACCAUAACGACAAUCAUGUUCGCCGUACACAUGCAGUAACAAAAAAUACCGCUCACACAGGGACUACCCCAGAAACGCAUCAUCUAAAUUCAAUAUCAACAGCAGUGUCAGAGACUAGAAAGGAGGACUUCCGCCUUGAGGCAGAAUCGAAACUCACUGUAUUGAAUGAACCACUCAAUCGCAGUGAAAAUUGCAUGCCACUAGAAAACCCUAAAGAAAAUAGCCCUUCCGUUGGAUCUGGAAGGUCUCCACAUACCAAGAUGUGUACUUCUAUAGAUGACACAUAUCAGCGCAUAAGAAAGCAUAUGCAUUUUGCCGGGUCUCCAGAAAGAAAGACAAGUGUUAAAAAGUCCUUGCUUAUUUCAAUGCUGGAAAAAAUAUCAUCUGAUAUGCAAGUCAAAGAUAAUGCUGUCGAAAUAAGCAGUUUUCAAAAUCUACAGAAUGGUGCAGGUACAGAAAAUAACAGCAGUCGAUGA